AUGCCACCACCCAAGCAGGUUCGCCAACCUCCGGCGGCGCCUCCGCCAAGUGAAAGCAUCGAACUGCCGGACAUCGACAGCGAGUACUCUGACUCUGACGACGAGAACCGCAAACGCACGUUCGAUCCACCUAACUGGGCGCAGUCACCGAACCUCAGGCAAGCUUUGGAGCAGCAGAGCACGGUCAAUCCGGAUCAUAUAUUUGGGGCUGUCAGACCACUGCACAUGGAGGAGAUAUUCAGGACCAGGCAAAGUCGCUUCCGAGCGAGAACCAGUUCCGCGAACUGGACUGGUGCUGACAGGCUCACAGUUGAAGAGCAGCUCGACUAUGCCAGGCGUAUGGGCUAUGACCAGUAG